AUGGUUAAAGUUCUUCUGACUGGGGGCAGUGGCUUCAUCGCUGCUCAUUGUAUUGAUGUGCUGCUGGCACGCGGAUAUGAUACCGUGGUAACUGUUCGAUCCGAGGAGAAGGGCCAGAAGAUACUCGAAGCUCAUCCCAAUACACCGAAGGAGAAGCUUUCUUUUGUUGUUGUCAAGGAUGUCGCAGCAGAUGGAGCCUUCGAUGAGGCCGUCAAAUCUUAUCCACCAUUCGACUAUGUCCUUCAUACUGCCUCUCCUUUCCACUUCAAUGUUACCGACCCCGUGAAGGAUUUCUUAGACCCUGCAAUCAAGGGAACGACGGGUGUGCUCAAGGCGAUCAUGGCCUACGCACCAACGGUCAAGAGAGUCGUUAUUACCUCAUCUUUUGCAGCGAUUCUCAAUGCGAAGCAGCAUGCCAAGGAGUACAGCGAGGAGAACUGGAACCCUGUUACCUGGGAAGAAGCGCUGGAUCCUUCUGCAACCUACAGAGGUAGUAAAACUUUCGCGGAAAAGGCUGCUUGGGACUUUGUCGAAAAAGAGAAACCCAACUUUGACAUUGCAACCAUCAACCCACCUUUGGUGCUCGGUCCAAUCGUGCACUACUUGAACUCGCUCGACGCCAUAAACACUUCCAACAAACGAAUUGCCGAUAUGGUCCGAGGCCAUUGCAAAGACGGUCUUCCUCCUACAGGCACAUUCCUCUGGGUAGAUGUCCAUGAUGUUGCGCUGGCACACGUCAGAGCUAUCGAAGUUCCGGAAGCAGGCGGCCAAAGAUUCUUCGUCACGGCCGGCCAUUUCUCAAAUAAGGCCGUCGCUGAUAUCAUUCGCGAGGCAUAUCCUGAGCUGGCUGAUAAACUACCUUCCAAGGACUCGCCAGAUGAUAUGCCGGCUGAUAUAUACGGUUUUAACAACAAAAAAUCAAUCGAGGUCUUGGGUAUCCAGUACCGGUCAUUGAAGCAAUCAGUUACAGAAACAGUCCAGUCGUUGUUAGCUGUUGGGGCUUGA